UUGUGAGAUAGGUAGUUGCCCGUUGCCGAUUAUCCGAGGUGAGCGACAGUGCAUGUGAAACAUCAAGAGAAAAAAAUAGUGAUUGAGAAGAAAAAAAACGCAAACGGUGAGACAGGAAGAAACUUGAGAAACUAUGGCCGUGUCAGCAACUCCGCCGGUGCUUUCCCAAACCUCUACUCUGGAGUCUGGCAGCCUAUUUCGCUCCGAUACGCUGUAUACAAGCCCAGCCGAGUCCCCGAGACUGACAAGCAGCAUGAUCAACUCUUUCAUCAGCGGAGGAGGCGGUGGAAAUGGAAACGGCACAAGCGGCAAUAACGAGUGCAAAAUGGUUGAGGUGCACGGGGUCAGGGUAGCCUCGUUCAACGUGGACGGUCAAGAACUUAUUUGCCUGCCGCAGGUCUUCGACCUCUUCCUGAAACAUCUGGUCGGAGGGCUGCACACCGUCUACACCAAGCUGAAGCGGCUGGAUAUAUGCCCCGUCGUGUGCACGGUGGAACAGGUCCGAGUCCUGCGGGGGCUUGGGGCUAUUCAGCCCGGGGUGAAUCGCUGCAAACUCAUCACCCGCAAGGACUUCGAAGCGCUGUACAACGACUGCACCAAUGCCAGCUCCAGGCCUGGCCGACCACCCAAGCGUUCCCUGGGGGUAGCGAUGCAGGAAAGCUCCAGGCUUCUUCCCCACAGUGUCCACGGCCUACUGUCUCCCGGCCUCCUCUCAUCCAUGUCGCCCGGAGUAUUUAUGUGUUGUCCUGCAGGGCUGACGGCUGCAGCGAUGGCCGAGGCUAUGAAGCUGCAGAAGAUGAAGCUGAUGGCCAUGAACAACCUGCACGGAGCCGGCAGCCAGAACGGUACCGAGUCGGAGAACGACGAGCUCAACUCCAACACAGGCGGCAGCGAGUCCUCCUGGGACAAAGAGAAGCUCCAGUCUCCCCCCUCCUCUGGUGCUGCCCACAGCCUGGGUCACGCAGGCCUGUCAGGGCAGCACGGCCUGUCCAGCUCCCAACUCAACUCCCUGCAGCAGAACCACAUACUGGCCAACCGACUGGACCUACCCUUCAUGAUGAUGCCCCACCCCCUGCUGCCCGUCGGCCUGCCGCCUGCGUCUGUUGCCAUGGCAAUGAACCAGAUGAACCACCUGAACACCAUCGCCAACAUGGCCGCCGCAGCUCAGAUGCACAGCCCCUUAUCCAGAGGAGGAGCGUCUGUCAUCAAGUCUGACCCUCGGUCUCUGUGGCAGGAGUGUGUCCAGGACAGCCCUUCUCCAGCGCCCUCCAUGGAGGAAGGUCCUCGCCCGGGCUCCCAGCCCUCCUCACACCCCAGCAGCAGUGCCUCAAGCUCCCCCGCCCCGCACCAACACACCCCCGAACGCCUGGUGAUGAAUCCUGUUGAUGGAGACCUUGGGGAUAGAGAGGCUGGAAUCAACAUGAAAAACAUGUUCAAAGAGAAAGCAGAAGAAGGGCAGCUGGCCCUGCCCAUGAUGAAGCCAGGCUUUGAGAAGAUGGCCCUGGGUGGACAGACCCUGCCUCCAGGCUUCCCUGCGCCCUUCCUCUUCGCCGACGGACUCAACUCUGUGGAGACUCUGCUCACCAACAUCCAGGGUCUGCUGAAGGUAGCCGUGGACAACACCCGUGUGCAGGAGAAACACGUACAGCAGCAGAGGAAGGAGCUUAAGAUGGAGCUCUACAGAGAGAGAGAGAUGAGAGAGAGUCUGGAGAGACAGCUCUCCUCCGAACUGCACAGCCGAGGUAGGAGAGAGGGAGAGGAAGUGUGUGUGUGUGUCUGACUGAAUGAGAGACAGACAGACAGCG